AUGACUCCCAAUUCCUCUUUCGAACAGGCUAUCAAGGUCACCCCACAAGGCGCAAACAAAUACAGCGCCCACCUCCGACCAGAAUGGUGCAUUGGAACCGUCCCCCACGGCGGCUACACAACAGCCGUAAUCUACAACCUGGCCCUGGCGCAUUUCGCGCACGCCCACUCAAAGCAAUACAAGAGCCCAGCGACCCCAAUUUCAAUCCAACUCUCCUUCCUCCGGCGCACAGCCUCAGGCCCCGCAACCUUUGAAGUGGAAGAUGUCAAAAUCGGCGCCCGCACAAGCACAAUCCACAUCAAGCUCCUGCAACCAUCCGAGAAGAAGCCCGGCACACUCGAAACCAUGGUCGUAGGCUACAUCACCGUCAGCCCAGCAGAUGCCGAAGUAGGCAUAAGCGCCAAGACAGGAUGGAAGCCGCAGCCUGCGCCAGCGUCUGGAUCACGCGCAGACGGAUCCGUCGAUCUCUCGGCGCUGGGCAGCACAGGGUCUGACGGCUCUUGGGUGAAGUUGAAUCCUCCGUUCCCUGAGUUCCGGAAGGCGGGCGCGCAGCUGGAGUUGUUUGGGCCUGGGGGUGGGAAGUCGUUGCAGGAACAGGGUGGGGGGUUGUCGAUUGAUCAGUGGGCGCGGUUUCGGCCGGGUGGGGAUGUGAAUGGGCGCUGGACGGAUGCUGCUGUUGCUUAUUUGAUUGAUAUGUUUCCUUCCGCGCUGGAUGGGUUUGAUACCAUGUCUGCGGAGGCGGCGGCUAAGGAGAGUGGUGGCCCUGUUGAUAAGUUGAAGGCUAAGAAUUGGUAUCCGACUGUUACGCUGAAUGUGGAUAUGAAGAAACGUCUUCCGGUCGAGGGGGUGGAGUGGCUUUAUAGUCGUGUUGUUACGAAGGUUGUGAAGGAUGGGCGGACGGAUUUGGAGGUGACGGUUCUCGAUGAGAACGGAGAGAUUGUUGCGUUGAGUACGCAGGUUGGAUUGGCACUCAGUGCGAGUCGAAAUGUCGGAACGAGGAAGAUGGGGAAACUAUAG